CAGCAUUAAUGGCCAACCUAUUCCCCAGGGAGGGGGGGCAUUGCUGCCGGUGCUGCUCUGCUCUCCAUUCAGUACUCUGGUGAUGACAGCUCAGCAAGGAUCAGCAAUAGGAGUAAUAAUGGGACCAGGCAUUCAAGAUUACUCCUUAUUACUGCACAGAGGGACACAGAAAAAGGAGAACCGAACCCAUGAACCCCACAAAGGAAUGGUAAUUUCCAACGGUGGAAAGGGCCAUGCAAGUACCAAAGGACUAAAGAAACAAAUCCCCCAUGUGAAACCUUUUCCCAGCAGACUAGGAAAGACUGUUUCAAAUGGCACCGAAAAGGGUUCCCAUCAUACCCAGGGUGAUGAUCAACAAAAUUUUCUUUGCAAGGAAAGAAAUAGGCUAGAUGAGGAUUAUCAGAAAAACAGAGCGAUGGGUGCUGGUGCAUUGCUGUACAGAGUACAGGGGCUGAGGAAGAACCUCCCAGAAAAAAAGGAGAAGGAGUCUGUGCUUCAGAGCACCCCUUCCAGCUGGAAGUGUAGUUCACAGUGUGGUGGCAACAGGGCAGAAGAUGCACUGAUGCAAAGUUUUUAUAGCAAUAAAAGAAGAGAGUGCAAAAGCAAUCUUGAAGAGUGCAUUGCUGAAGCUCUUCCCUGCACUUCUAAAUAUCCAGGGGCUUCUGUGAAUGAGAUGUUUCUUGAUUUUGAAGCAGUGCAAAUCAUUAAAGAGGAUGCCGAUGAGGACAGUGCCAGUGACCUUUCUGACUCGGAAAGAAUUCCCAUUCCCCCAUCUCCGUGCACGCCACCAGCACUCAACCUCCGAGCUGAAGAAAUUGACCCUGUCUGCUUGGAACACCACUCUGACGCAGAGUUUAAAGAAUCCGAGUAUUAUUACCCAGAUUUCCUCCCACCCCCUUUCAACUCCUGGGACCUGAAGCAGUUGGCAAUGUUUGUGAACACAGAGGGGAAAUCCGAAUCUCCACCCUGCCCAGCAGGAUUCCUGGAGAAAUACAUCGAUCGGCUUUUGCAGCUGGAGUGGCUGCAGAUGCAAACCGUGCAGAACGAGAAAGGAAAGGCAGCCAAAGCUAGGCCUCACACUGCUCCUGCUAUCGCUCGGGCCCUAAAAAGCCCUGCUAAAGGCAAAGCCGUGCAUAGCCCUUUGCCUAACAAGCAGCUAACUCCCCAAGAAAAUGUUGCAAAGCUCCACACCACUCAUUCAGGUCCCAGGAGAGAUUUACACUGUGAAGAAAACAGCCAGUUAGACGCAUAUCCGAAUCACUUGAAAGUUGCUGAGGUGCUGGGUGGCUCAUUGCCUUCUCAGAGGCCAACCUGUGAAAUGAGGAGCGAGGCAAAAAAGAGGCCAACCACCAAGCAACAACUUUUUAAUAUGAAGCCUUGUGAGAGCAGCUCUAAAAUUCAGGGCACUGGUAACAUCAGACCCCCCAAGCAACCCGCCGCCUUCCCUAGUUCAGCUGCCCCUACCAACGGCCUAAAAACAUACUCGUAUACAAAUCCGAAGAAGAAUGGUCACGCGAAUAAUUACGUUCCUUCCAAAAAAACAACAGGGGAAAGAAAGCUAAAAACAAAUGGCACAAAGCAAGCAUCAUAUAUAUUUAAAUAAUGAUGAACAGAUGAUUAGUGAAUUAGCACUGCUGUGUUGACAGCUGGACAGUCGUGUUCUCCUCUAGAGGGGAAUGGUUUUUUUGCAUAGAAAAAUAUUGAGGAAACUUGUUCUUACUCCACGCUUGUGAAGUCAAUAUUGCACAUUAAAUGCAUUUGAUUUUAAACCAGCAGGGCCAACAGGGACUUUUCUUCCCUGAAGGCAAGUGUCUUCCAUUGGUUCCUUCUUCAAAGGAUUCACAGUUGCUAACUUAGGAUGACUCUAGCUAAGGAAAAAGUUUAGAAAAAAAUGUCUGGUUUCUCCUCACAGUUGCACUAGUGUAACUUCAUCAACUGCUGCGGAGUUGCUCCCACUUACGUGGAUGUGUGCAAGAAGAGAAUCGGACCCGUAUUUUCUCCCUUGAGCAGAUGCAUAAUGCAUACACUGUAUUAUGAGACAGGUUUGCUUUUCUUUGUGACGCAAAACGGCUUUGUUACUUUUUAUAUAAUAGAGCAGACUAUACAAGAUCAUUCUCUCUCUGAUUCUUGAGGGAAAUUGGACCCUUGUCAGGGGAACAGAGGGUAGAAGAGCAGGGAAUUAGGCAGAGAAAGUUUUGAAGUCAUCUUCUGUGCCAGGAAGAAUUCCACUGGUGAAAGUCAGACAGUUUCUAUAGGACCAAUAUUCUCUCUCGUGGUGACCAGCCAAGAUAUGAACUUACUAUUUUUAUAUGCUAUGCUUGCCUUCAUUGUAUUUGUGGAUCGUUUUCCUUGAAGUUUUUUUUUUUUUUGCAGGUGUUGAUGGCUUAUGGUAUUCAGAAGAGGUGACCUAAUUUUCCCACUCUCUUUGGACUGGAGUCCCAAUCCUGCAUGAUCCAAUACAUUCUCAGCUCCUUGUGAUGGAAACUGGAAUUGAAGUUACUGGGUGGCCCCAGAUUGGCCCAACAGCAGUUUUAGGAAAAGAAAAAACAGAUUUGCUUUCUUUUUCAGUAAUGGAUAUACUUGUCCAGUAAUGGAUUUGUUGUGACAUGACAACCAGGCCUGAAUGCAAUCCUUGUCUCUUGCAAGUGACAUAACUGCAUUCAAGCAACAUCUGCAAAUAAAAUUGUCCUUAAAUUUGGGAAGGAAAAUCGAUCUCAGUAAGAUGUUACUAUUUCCCAGGGCUGGGAAUGAAUUAAAUUGCCAGUAAUCUAAGCUCUAAAACUGGCUAUACACAUGCUCCUUAGUGUUCUAAUUAGAACACAUCAGAGGAGACCCAAUCAAAUCUGCUGCACUUUCUAAUGAGAACACUUCAAUGUUGCUGCAGGAUCAGGUGUAUUUAGCCCCCACGUUUUAAAAUGGCUGUGGGGUGCUUUAUUCGAUGAGGUUUAGAUAAAGCAUCCCACGGCCAUCUUUAAAUGUGGGAGCUUAUUACACAUGAUGCU